AUGAACAUUUCUUUGCUGUCACAAAUGGAAAGUAUAAUUGAUUGGUUCCGACCAAAUAUCAGUUGGGUUCCACUGAUCGAGGAUCAAAAUUACAGUUACACAACUCUGGAUAGAACCAACAUAACUGCAGAAUGGGAAUAUCCAACAGAAUCAAUGAAAAAAUGGUUAGGGACCAAUGCCCACAUCAUUGCUAAGGUUGUGCUGAGUAUUGCAUAUGUUAUCACCACAAUUGUAUCUCUCUUUGGCAACUUCCUGGUAUGCCAGGUUUUUCUCAAGCACAAUGAAAUCAAAAAAUCAACGGGCCUUCUCAUCUUCAAUCUGGCAGUAUCUGACAUUACGAUAAUCCUCCUCAACUGUCCAUUUGCAAUGACUCGUUUCCUGGCUGGACAGUGGGUGUUUGGUAGAUACCUGUGUCAUGUCAGUCGUUUCGCUCAGUACUGCUCCCUCCAUGUUUCAACUCUUACGCUUAUUGCUGUUGCCAUGGACCGACACCGGGUAAUUCUGCACCCAAUGAAACCAAGGCUAACAUACUCCCAAAGCUUAAUGGUUGUUGCCGUGAUCUGGAGUAUUGCUAUAUUCCUUGCUCUUCCGCAUGCAAUUUACCAGAAUGUAUUCGUCUUCUUGAAUGAGGAUGGUGUUGCCAUGAGCUACUGCCUCCCUUCCUUUCCUGGACCCAGCCAGCUGGUUUCGAAAUAUGUGGACCUUGGUACAUUUAUCUUGCUGUACGUUCUGCCACUUAUGGUGAUUGUUGUAACCUAUUCUCACCUAGGAAAGAGGCUGUGGCUCCAGAAUGCUGUUGGCGAUGCAUCUGCCCGUCAACUGAUGGCACACUACCAGAAGCGAAAGAAGAGCAUCCGGAUGCUGAUACUUAUUGUGUUGGUCUUUGCAGUUUGUUGGUUUCCACUUAAUUUCUAUGUGGUUCUUAUAUCCAAUGCAGGCGUAGAGAAUGAUAGCGUGCUUUUUUAUGCCUUUCACUGGUUGGCAAUGAGCAGCACCUGCUACAAUCCUUUCAUCUACUGCUGGCUCAACAGGAACUUCCGUGCCAAACUAAGAUCGGUAACAUCUGUAAGAGUGCAAGCACUGUUUUUAUGUAAGAGCUCCCAGGUUCAGAAAAUAAAUGCACCCGAGAGUCAUGAGCUUCAGGAGCUCAAGGCAUCUUCACUGCUACGAGUUCCCCUGGCUGUUCCAGAGGCCCCGGUAGUUGAGGAUCCCAGUUUGGCUACAGGGGAUAAUUCCCAGGGUUCUGUUCAGGGGGAUUCGUCAGAUCCAGAUCCCUCCCUAGAUGAAGAGGUGGCGGCGGGGCCCUCCGCCCAGGAUGCUUACAUUUGCAUUCACGUGCAGACUACCAGUCACUAA